AGGCGAACUUACUAAAGGAGGCCUUUUUUAGAAAAAUAAAAAAAUUUAAUAAGUGUAAAAUACUUUUAAAAAUUUAUUUAAAAAUAUGCGGAAUGUCAGAUGCCCGUUAAACCUACAAAUACUUUUAACAACCAACAAAAUCCAAGUUAAGAAACCAUACAAAUAUCACUUAUACAGCAGGUUCUCCGUCUUCCGAAUCAAUAAUAAUGCAACCAUGCGUAUGUGUUUGUGUGCUAUAUUUAUACUCAAAGGGAAACAUUUUGUAGUUUUUUCGCUGAAUAAUACUAGCUUGAUUUGGAUCGCUUGUUAUUGAAGAUGUAAAGCUGGACACUAUUAGUCUGAUGAGAGUCUCUUCUCAUUGUUAAUGGAUGCAGCAUCUAUAUGUCUAUGUUGUGCUCGUGUUUGAAGCAAUGGCCACCUUUGUGGGUCAGAUCUUUGUGCUCUCCCUCAUUGCAAUUUUUGGGGCAGCAACUACUGCAAUGGUAACUACAGCGAGGAAGGCAGUCACACUACUGCUAUCUUAUCUGAUAAUUCACAAAGUCAUUGACGGGGCAGCACAGCACCGGGCUUUUACUGAUCUCCAUGGGGAUCAUCUUGAAACUUCUUCCAGAAUACAAAGACCCUAUAAUCCUAUUCCUCGUAAAUUCAAACAGCAGCGGCAAGGAUCUCGAGAACAAGAAGAAGAAAAGAGGCCCUUGGUUUGAAGUUGUAUAGAUAUUUGCUUUGUGAUCUUGUUCUCCGCUUCAUUUUAGGAGUGUAAUUUCCAGGGGUGGUUGUUUUAUUGUUUAUUGUUUUAUUUUUUUUCCCUACUUUCUUCUAUAUGGAGAAAUUCCGAAAGUUGCAUGAUUUUCAUGGAUAACAACCGGAUGAUCGGCCGUAAAAAUGUUCUUUUUUCAUUGAGAGGCCUGGUUGCCAAAUUCAAU